AUGAGAGCCGUGUGCUUAGGCUUGGAACUAAAAUACAAUAGAACAAUGGUAGAAUACUUUGGUUUGGUUCCAGGACAAUCCCAGAUGAUGAUGAUUAACUCAACCAAGCUGUUUAAAAACGUGUUUUUGGACAGUCGAAUUGAGAACGCAGACUCAAACAGAACUAUUUAUAAUAUCAAAAACUUAUCCAUUUGUAGCUUUUUAAAUAAUCGCUUGAUGUCCAAGGUUUUCUCGGCGAUCUAUGAAGGAUUUGUGGGUAAUUCCACGGCCUUUAGAUGCCCAGUCCAGCCAGGUGUAUACUACCUAAGCAAUAGUGUCAGAGAAGUCGAGGUGCCCAUGUUUCAUCCACCUGGAGUGUUUCGAUUGACUGUCAGACUAAAGGCUGAAAAGGAUGGCAAUCUGCUCGUAGAGCUCAUCUGGCGAUAUCGUGUUAGGCGCAUAUGA